AUGGUCUCCGUUCUAUCGCUAAUGAUCAAGGACACAAAAACGAUAUUGAAGACCGUUAACAAGCUACGCGAUGUGCUAGACCACACUACAACGGACCAUUUGCGUCUUGUGUCUCCCGUAUUGCGACUUCCUUUCGAGCUCUUGUCUGAGAUCUUCGUUCUCAGCGCUGAGCAAACCGUCCGCACUACUCUUCAUAGGAACCACAUCCCCUACUUUCAUCGCACGUACAGGGUUCAAGCGGAAGCGUCUGGCGCGCUCAAUGUCGCCCAGGUCUGUCGGAAGUGGCGGGAGGUGGCGCUAUCCACUCCGAGCCUGUGGAACGCAAUUCUUCAU